AUGUAAUAUAAAUAAUAUAAAGAAUGUAGAUUAUGUUAGAGUUCUUUAUCGUAAUUCUAAAUUGAUUAUUUAAAAAAGAAGUAUGGAAUUUAAGAAUAAAUAGGUAUUAUAAUGCCUUUCAUUUCUAUUUUGCCAAACCGAUAUCAGAAAUAUUAGCCAAUUUGCAAAUUGAUCAUGUUGUUUUAUUUAAGGAUUUGUUGUACUUCAAUGAUGAUAACGACUAUUUAACAAAAUGUUACAAUAAAUUGGACUAAAAAUAAAUAAUGAGCAAACUUUAAUUCAAGGUACUAUAGCGUAUAAUCAAUCAAUUGUGUCUCAGAUUCCAAUACCCAAUUUGUUAAUCGUGACAGCACAUCAAAUUCUUUAGAAGCGAAACAAUAAACUGAAAAAAUUACAAAAAUAACCUGUUCACAACAUGGCAGCCACCAAUAAAUAUAGUGAGUUUAUUUCAAUUUUGAUAUCAUUAAUAUUUUGGCAAUAUCAAAUAUUAUUCAAUACCACAUAAAAUAUUGAGUAUUUCUGUUAUUUUUAAUAGUUAAUCAUCUGAAAUUGAAGAAUAUGAAAAUAGAUUAAUAAGUUGGGAAACUUCAGAACACAAUAUUUACUCCAAUUCUAUCGUGUCUAAUAAUUAGAUUAAACCAAUUACACAAAAACUAUAGAGUAUUCUUAACAAAUCCAAUUCCAUUCAUUAGUUAUAUUAUUAAUAAAAUGAUAAGGAUAUCUCUAUGGUAAUUAGAGAUAUUAACAAAUUCACUAAUCGAUAACUAAUGAAGAUAUCACCUAAACAGAUGGUUAAUAAAAAGAAUGUUAAAAAUAAUGGAAAAUGCACUAAUUAAUCUAAAAAUACAAAUGUAAUCGUUCCUAAAUUAAGAAUCCCUUAAAUCAUCGAUAACAAAGUCAAUUUUCAAUAGCUAAUAAACCAAUACGAUCAAAUUUUGCAAUAGAGAUAUUGUUAAACUGAAAGACAAUAAAAAAGUAACAAUUAAUAAACAAAUAAAGGGCAAUUAUAUGUAUGUCAUUUUUAACCCUUUAAUAGAACAAAUAAUAAUAAUCAAUUUAUUCUGUACCAAGUUCUUCUAAUUUUCCAGGAAAAGGAAUAAGUACAUGUUCUGCUUCACUCUUAUUGAAGUCGCUGUCAAAAAUGUCAAUAGACAAGUCCCCAAUGACAUCAAGAAGAUUAGAAAUAAAGUAGAGUCUUACAAAUUUGAUAAAAUAACAGGAAAGAGAUCUGGGAUUUUUUACUUAAAGAUGA